AUUCCAACAAUAUCGCCACAAUUAUUUAAAAGAUAUGAAAGAGAAGUUGGUCCUGCAAUCGAAGAAGCUGCUAAGGAGAGUUGUAAAAGAGCUGCCAAGGAAGAGCGACAACUUGUCAAUGAAAAUAUAGACAAGUUGUGUGAAUUAUUGCCUCAAGAGAUCAUCGAAGAAAUUUACCCUCACUAUGCCAAAUUAAAAUCGUCAAUAGUUGAUUUAGAUGAAAACAACAAUACCACGUAUGAUUCAGCUGUCGGAGAAGUUGUUAGUAUUAUUGUAUCUUAUUACAUGGGAUGGAGUAAAAGAGGAAAUGGAAAGAGCUACGAUAGUCUCAAUGGUUAUGGUACUAUUAUAGGAUUCUUGAGUGGCAAAAUUCUCGAUUAUGCUGAUAGAAUAAGAAAAUGCAAAUUGUGUGACUUGGGCAGGAAAAAAGAAGAUCAUGAUUGCCGGAAAAACUUCGUCGGUAGUGCCAAAUCAAUGGAAGCAUCUGCAGGAGCAGAUUUGGUAAACAAUAGCACAGUUCUUAAAGAAGCUAAUCUUGAAGCACGAGUACUAAUUGGCGAUGAAGAUAGCUGUGAUAGCAAAAAUUUAGCAAAAGCUAUACGUAAUAUACCUGAUCAUUUGUACGAUAACCACGAGAAUUGUGGAUCUUGGUGUUGUCGCAGAAGUGGCUCUGGGGAACAAAAAAUUCUGCUUACAAACCUAACUUUAUUUGAUCAACUAUCAGCUGUAUGUGACAAGUACGCUGCUAGUGCAAAUAAAUUUUCAAUUCCUGCUUCGAGCCAAGCUAAUGAAUCAUUCAAUAAUAUAAUGGCUCAUAAAUCGCCAAAAAACAUUUGCUAUAGCAAAAGCGAAUCAUCAAGUUAUCGUCUCGCUAGUUCUGUGUGUACCAAAAAUGAUGGCGAUUCCUGUAUCGUUGGAAUUAGAAAAAAACUAAAGUUGUCACCAGGGUUACACACUUCGCUUUAUGCAGAGCUAUCAGAUAAUAAGCGAAAGAAACGUGCAAUAGAUGCAAAGCUGCCGGUUGCCAAGAAACGUCGUGUACUUGUAACUCAAGAACGUGAGAAAUUAAGAAAGAAGAAUGAAAAUUCCGAAGGCGUUCAAUAUAAAUCUAACUGCGGUCUGUCGCAAGACGGUGAAGAUUUUGAAGCCUUUGACGAAUCACAAAUUAAAGGUCCAGAUAUUCAAAUGUCACCAGAGACAUGCAAUUUAGUUUUUUUUUAUUUAGAAACCUCGGGCUUCCGUAAAAGUGACGAAAUUCUUCAAAUUGCAGCAUCUUGUAAAGGGCGAAAAUUUAGUGUCUAUAUUAAUCCUACAAAAAUCAUUGAUGAUAAAGCUUCCGCGCAUACUGGAUUAAAAAAUAUUAACGGCGAUUUAUAUUUUCACGCUAAAAAAGUAGAAUCGUUGCCGCUAAAAAAAGCUCUCCAGAGUUUUUUAAUGUUUUUAAAAAUGUCACCCAAGCCAUGUUUACUUGUUGCACAUAAUGCUACGUUUGACAAAUCGCAUUUACUGCGUUCUAUUUUGAAAUGUUCGAUGGUACCUGCCUUCAGUAAAAUCGCAGGAUUUUCUGAUAGUUUGCCUUUAUUCAAGAAAAAUUUUACUUCUAAAAAGAUUUUGGGUGAAUAUAAACUGUCAGAAUUAGCUAAAAAUCAUUUAAAUAUUAACUCUGACGAUAAAUUUUAUGAAGCUUUAUACGAUGUUGAGAUUUUAGAGAAACUAGUUUCGUUGACGGACAACAAAUAUUUAUUCGAAAGCUCUAAAUCUUACAGAGAGUGUUUGAUUCAUCUUAAAAAAUUAAAGAAAACUGCUUCUGGCAUGGACUGUUUAUCUCCACUAAAAGGAGUUCUAUCUGGUCAUAUAUUAAGAAAAAUGGCGUCUUAA